AUGUGGGGCGAGGGGCGAGAGGAGCGGGGCCCUAUCAGGGGAUUUGAGACGGGCGGAAAGAAGAACAACAACCCCGCAUACCCAGAUUACACUCCGUCCAUUUUCCCGCAAGCAGUGCUGAAGGAAUUGACUAAGAGUACCACACUUGAUCGCUUCAAGAGAGCACAGAAAAGAAAAGCACCAUCCACUACUCUAGUAUCACGAAAGGAAAGGAAGCACGAGGGAACCACCCGCCUUAGCCAACAGCACGUCAACGCUAACAUGAGCGACAAUGAUGAUCGAUGUGCACUGAUAUGCAGAGGUCCACAUCAGCUCUGUUUACACACUUUCACAGAUUAG